AUGGGCGCCAUCCUCUCUUGCAUCUCCUGCUUCCACGACGACGGCUCGUCGCCAGGCCACUCCUUCUUGUCAGCAACGUCUUUAGCGGACUCCGCUCCACCUCCAAAUCCUACUAGCAACAUCCUGUCCCCUAUCCAGGAGGAAACUCCGCCCGAGGCUGCACCCGCAACCGAGCUCCGCGAGAUGGCGCCUCCCGAGCGCCCCAAAACACCUCACUUGCAGCCUGUUGCGCCCUCCAACGCCCCCUCCACCAUCAACCUGGCAGAUGAGGAAGAGUAG